GUCUGAACGCAGUGAUUGGUUCAACCACGUCAUUCCAGAGGUACAUUUGAACUCGCACGAGGUCAACAAACCAUCAGUCCGCGAGCCGGCCUCUUUAACAGCAGUAUGACUUCCGAGAGCAGCGUCAACAUCGAACAGAAGGGAGACACAAGUAUUCAGGAAGUUUCGGCGAAGAGAGGUGGUGUGGUUAGUACCACUUUCUGUCGCCUUUCCCAGUUUUGGCCCAUCAGCCUAAUGAUGCGCACUCUCCGUGGGUUUUGGAGGCUGUUCGGGUUCUCUACCUCGGAAGAGAAGGCCGUCAUUGGACCAGUCGGCGAAGAAGUCGACCACUCACCCCGCCAGUGCCUCUCCGUUCGCAAGCGCCUCAGCCGCUUUACCCGGCUGCUAUUGGCUAUACUGCCCCGCCGCGUGCAGGGCGCCCUGGGAUACCCCGUGUGCACAAGCAUCGGCUGCUCCCUCUCUCCAGAGUUGCGCGUGUCGCCCACCAAGCCGUGUGGGAAGGGCAGCAAGAGGAAGCAGGAUGACCUGGAGGAGGAUGAUGAGCAGGAGCCAGUCACCUGGGCGACCUGGGUGAACCAGGAGCUGGCAGAAGAGGAGGACUCGGCUGUGGACCCUGACUAUGAGGUCAGCCUGGGGGAGACUGACAGUGAAGAGUACUGCUCUCAAAACGACACCGAGUGCGAGCUGGAGCUCCAGCACGGCCUGGUCGUCAUCGACGACCUCGACACGCCACAGGUGGAGACUGAGGAGCUCAGCGGUCAAAGCGAGUGACUGACAACUCAAGCACGGCCUGCUUAUCAAGGACUUGGAAACGGGUGCGGUGAAGUCUCCCGUUGAGUAUGACAGCUGACAUCAGGUUCUGUGAUUCAGCUGUCAUCGGUCUCUACUGGACGAUGUCUGUCUCUCCUGGAUUACCCCUUCUAUGUACAAUGUGAUGUUUUUCUAUGUCCUGUUCAAUAAACAUUUUCAACUUUA